ACCAAGCCCAGAUCCCCAGAGGGAUAUAAAGGGCAUCCUGCGCUCCCUUCCAUCAGAGCUGCGCUCUGUUUUCUGCUGUGUCGGGCUGUUUUCUCCUGCUGCAAUGAACCGGCAAACUUACAGCAUGAGAGGGGGGGGUGGAGGCAGAUCUUACAGCGCUGCCUCAGCAGUUAUUCCAAGCAGCCACAGGGCUGGCUUUAGUUCGAUGUCGAUGGCACGCUCUGGAGGAGGUGGAGGAGGUUUUGGAAGGUUCAUCGGAGGAGGUGGUGGUGGUGGUGGUGGUGGCGGUUUUGGCAGCAGGAGCCUCUACAACCUUGGCGGUAGCAAGAGGAUAUCCAUCGGUGUUGGAAGCAGCUUCCGAGCUGCUUUUGGGAGUGGAGCUGGUGGUGGAUACAGCUUUGGUGGAGGUGCUGGCGGGCUUGGCUUUGGUGGUGGACAGGGAGGUGGUGGGUUUGGCUUUGGCGGAGUAGGAGGGCUGGGAGGAUACAGUGGAGGGCUGGGUAGUGGCAGGAGCCCAGUGGGAUUUGGUGGUGGCCCACCUGGAGUUGGUACAAUCCAAGAAGUGACUGUCAACCAGAGUCUCCUGGCACCGCUGAACCUGGAGAUAGAUCCAAGCAUCCAUCAGGUGCGAAAAGAUGAGAAGGAGCAAAUCAAGACCCUCAACAACAAGUUUGCUUCUUUCAUUGACAAGGUUCGCUUCCUGGAGCAGCAGAACAAGGUGCUUGAGACCAAAUGGACCCUCCUGCAGGACCAAGGUCAAAAAAACAGCUCAGGCAAAAGCAAUCUGGACCCACUCUUCGAGGCUUACAUCAACAACUUGAAGCGGCAGCUGGCCAACCUGCUCAACGAGAGAGGACGCAUGGACGGGGAACUGAAGAACAUGCAAGACCUCGUUGAGGACUUCAAGAACAAAUACGAAGAGGAAAUCAACCGACGCACAGCAGCGGAGAAUGAAUUUGUGGUGCUGAAGAAGGACGUGGAUGCUGCUUACAUGAACAAGGUGGAGCUGGAGGCCAAGGUGGAUGCCCUGACCGAUGAACUCAAUUUCCUCCGAGCCCUCUACGAUGCGGAGCUGGCUCAGCUCAGUGCACAAGUGUCCGACACCGCUGUCAUUCUGUCCAUGGACAACAACCGGGACCUGGACCUCAGCAGCAUCAUAGCUGAAGUCAAAGCUCAGUACGAAGACAUCGCCAACAGGAGCCGGGCCGAGGCGGAGGCUUGGUACCAAACCAAGUUUGAGGAGCUGCAGGCCACAGCUGGGAAGCACGGGGACGACCUGCGCAACACAAAGGGGGAAAUCUCUGAGCUCAACCGGCUAAUCCAGAGGAUCCGGUCGGAGAUAGAGAACACGAGGAAUCAGUGUGCCACCCUGCAGACAGCCAUCGGAGACUCCGAGGAGCGCGGGGAGCUGGCCCUCAAAGAUGCCAAGGCAAAGAUAAUUGACCUGGAAGAUGCCCUGCAGAAGGCCAAAGCUGACAUGGCCCGGCAGCUCCGAGAGUACCAGGAGCUGAUGAACGUCAAGCUGGCCCUGGACAUUGAGAUCGCGACCUACAGGAAGCUGCUGGAGGGCGAGGAGAGCAGGCUCAGUGGAGAGGGACUCAACCCCAUCAGCUAUUCUGUCAUCAGCUCAAACUCUGGCAUGGCUGGUGGGGCUGGGUUUGGAGGAGGAUUUGGUGGACUGAGCCUCAGCGGAGGAGGCGGCGGAAGCGGUUUUGGUCUUGGAGGAGGAGGCGGAAGCGGUUUUGGUCUUGGAGGAGGUGGCGGUGGUGGAGGCUACAGCUUUGGAAGUGGAGGAGGACUUGGACUCGGGGGGGGUGGUGGUCUCGGAGGUGGAUACGGAGGAGGCAGCGGUCUCAGCACUGCAAGUGGUCUUGGCUACGGAGGAGGUGGCGGCAGCGGUCUGAGCACCAGUGUGAAAAUCGUCUCUAAAACCUCCUCCAGCAAAAAGAGCAUAAAAAGCCAAAGCCUGAAGAAUGCUACACAGCCUGACUCUCCCAACACAGGGGUUUCUGUCUCCAUUGCCCUCUGCUCCUUUCCUGCUGCGCAGCUUUUAUUCACCAGCUUUUUUUUUUUUUUUUCCCCUCUCCUGCUCUUUGCGUUUCCAAUUGAACAAGCCACCAUGAGUCGGAUCUCUUUCAGAUCAUCUACUGGAGGGGGCAUGAGGGGCUUUAGCUCAGGCUCUGCUAUCGUAGGAGGUGGCAGUGGUGCCAGAAGCAGUUUUAGCUCUGUCUCUGUCUCCAGAGUUGGAGGAGGAAGAGCCGGAGGUGGAGGAGGCUUUGGAGCUGGUGGUGGCUUCGGCAGCAGAAGUCUCUAUAACCUAGGUGGAAGCAAAAGAAUUUCCUACAGCUCAGUCGGUGGAGGUCUACGGAGUGGAGCCGGUGGUGGAUACGGCUUUGGUGGAGGAGCUGGGUUUGGUCUUGGCUAUGGUGGUGGAGCAGGCGCUGGUUUUGGCUUAGGAGGAGCUGGUGGUGGUGGCGGCUAUGGGCUGGGCAGUGGAUUUGGGCUGGGACAUCCAAAUAGUCGAGGUGGCCCCGGGUUCCCUGUUUGCCCACCUGGUGGCAUCCACGAAGUGACCGUCAACCAGAGCCUCCUGGCACCCCUCAAGCUGGACAUUGACCCGGAAAUCCAGAAGGUGCGGACACAGGAGCGGGAGCAGAUCAAGACCCUCAACAACAAAUUUGCCUCCUUCAUCGACAAGGUGCGCUUUUUGGAGCAGCAGAACAAAGUGCUGGAGACCAAGUGGAGCCUCCUCCAAGAGCAAGGUCACACCGUUACCAGGAAAUCUCUUGAGCCCCUUUUUGAAGCUUACAUCAACAACCUCAGGCGGCAGCUAGACAGUCUUCUAGGGGAGAGGGGACGCUUGGACUCUGAACUGAGGAACAUGCAGGACAUGGUGGAAGACUUUAAGAACAAAUAUGAAGAUGAGAUCAACCGGCGCACUGGUGCGGAGAACGAGUUCGUGGUCCUCAAGAAGGAUGUGGAUGGUGCUUAUAUGAACAAGGUCGAGCUGCAGGCCAAAGCAGAUGCGCUGGCAGAUGAAAUUAACUUCCUGAGAGCUCUUUACGAAGCGGAAUUGUCCCAGAUGCAGCAGCAAGUAUCCGACACCUCUGUGGUCCUGUCCAUGGACAACAACCGUAACUUGGACCUCAACAGCAUCAUUGCGGAGGUCAAAGCGCAGUACGAGGACAUCGCCAACCGGAGCCGGGCUGAGGCGGAGGCUUGGUACCAAAACAAGUACGAGGAACUCCAGGUCUCUGCCGGGCGACACGGUGACGACCUGCGUAACACCAAGAUAGAAAUUUCAGAAAUCAACCGGAUGGUCCAGAGGCUGCGGAAUGAGAUCGAGAGCGUGAAGAAACAGUGUGCCAACCUCCAAGCAGCCAUCACCGAGGCGGAGGAGCGCGGGGAGCUGGCCCUCAAGGAUGCCAAGAACAAACUGGCUGAGCUGGAGGAUGCCCUGCAGAAGGCCAAGGCUGACCUGGCCCGGCAGCUCCGUGAGUACCAGGAGCUGAUGAACGUCAAGCUGGCCCUGGACAUCGAGAUCGCGACCUACAGAAAGCUGCUGGAGGGCGAGGAGAGCAGGCUGGCUGGAGAGGGAGUCGGAGCCGUGAGCGUCUCCGUGGUCAGCAGCUCCAGCGGGAUGGGCUACGGCGGCGGCGGCAGCUGCCUGGGCAUGGGCGGAGGUCUCGGCAUGGGCGGGGGUCUCGGCAUGGGCGGCGGUGGCGGCGGCGGCAGCUACAGCAUGAGCAGCAGCGGCGGCUUCGGAGGCGGGAGCGGAGGGUUUGGCGGGGGGCUCAGCUACGGAGGAGGCAGCACCUUCAGCUCCGGGAGCAGCCGAGGUGUCAGCUCCAGCACAGGAGGCAGCGUGAGGAUCGUUUCCAAGACCACCACUAGCAAAAAGACCAUCAGAUAAGGAUGGUGAGCCCGGGGCCCCCCGCGCGGACGACGGCGUGUUUCCAAAAGCAAGUGCUGCCCUACGAAUCAAUGGUGUAAAUAGCUGCGCUAGAGCCUCUCCUUCCUCCGUCCUUCACCCUCCACCUUUGGGGCAGCGGGGGGCGACCAGGACCCCACCGCAAAAAUCUGGAGCACCUUUGGCUAAAGCACAGGUUGUAACAGGUCACUGACAGGGCUUUGGAGAGCCGUCGUGGACCCCAGUGGUGGCUCUCUUCCAGCACAGUCCUUGUUCUUCCCUUGCUCUCCUCCUGGAGUCACACAUUUAAAGCAAAGUGGAAGCACUUCGCUGAACGGGGACAGCCGCGCUCGGCCACGCACAUUCACUUCACUCGUCCUGAAACAAUGGUGACAGCCUCGUGAAACCACAGUCCUGGGUCCUCAGCAGUGAAAAUAGCUCCAAGACGCUCUAAAAGCCUCUGCCUGCAACACGUGUUACAACCUCCAAAUGUGUCUGCAACUAAAGAUUUUUUUCCAGCCCCUUCUGUUUUCUCAGGCACUUGUGGGAAAGGUUAUUGCUUUCUGUGUAUAUGAAUCGCCACACUGAUUUCUAACCCUCAUGGCUACAGCCUCUUCACUUCCAGGCCUACCAUGCUGUAUGGUCCAAUAAAAAGCAUUUGUCAUUUUUAAAACCUGUUGCUUUUUGGUUUUUCUUCUCUGCUGAUGUGGGUA